AUGGGUUCUAAAUCUAUUUCACGAGUUUCAUGGCAGCUCAAUGGGAGGGCAUUUGAGAGUCCAAAAAAGGGUACGAAGCUGAAGAGGAGCAACGCUUACCACCCACAAACGGAUGAUCAGUCAGAGGUAGUAAACAUGUGUUUAGAAACCUACCUCCAUUUUUUUGUGUCAUAUUCUCCAAAGAAAUGGGCUAAGUGGCUGUCUUGGGCGGAGUUCUGCCAACAGACUUUGGUGGGUACUAUAAAGGAGUAUUUGGAGGCACGAGAUGUCGUUUUAUGGGAUUUAAAAGGGUAUUUAUUGCGUGCUCAACAGCUGAUGAAGACUAAGGCUGACUUGCAUCACAAAGAUGAGGAGUUUUCAGUUGGGGAUAAAGUUUUUCUCAAGCUACAUUUGUAUAGGCAACAUUUGGUGGCUCGUCGGGUUAAUGAGAAACUACCAUCCCAUUAUUUUGGUCCCUUUAAGGUGUUGGAAAGAAUUGGUAAGGUGGCUUAUUGUUUGAAGCUUUCAGAAACAUCGAAAAUACAUGAUGUUUUCCACAUUUCUCAAUUGAAGAAGGCUAUUGGGAAUCAGUUGGCUCUUCCCAGCUUACCCGCUACACUGACCACGGAUAUGGAAGUUUUGCUAUAG